AUGUCUCGACGCCGACGGCGAAUUCGAUCCCUACUGGGGGUCAGGUCUCAUGAAGGCCCGGCCAACCACCUUACUCGCCGUCGACAACCAGGACGACGACUCCCUAGCCUCAGCCGACCUCGGCCUAAUCUGGGCGUCCGUGUCCAACAUCGUUCCGUCGUCCAUGAUGGCCACACUGCACACCUUCAAAGACCCAUCCCUCCUCGCCCGCGUCCGCACCAGCCUCGAACAAACACCAAAGUAUCCGAGCACCCCGACGACAAAGUCCUGGCAAAUAACCCCCUCCUCGUCUCCAUAUACUGCGAAACCCUCCGCGUGUACGUGAAGUCAUACUUCCUGACUUCCAACCAGCACGCCGACAUCCCGGUCGGUCAAUGGCGGAUCCCGAAAGAGCGCAUUGUUUUUGUGAAUUCGGGGAUUUCGCACAUGGACGACCAUUUCUGGAAUACGCAAAACGGUCGUCAUCCCGUGGAUUCAAACUGGGGUGAGCGGUUCAUCGUUGAUCCGUCGGAUCCUUUCAGUGGACCAGUCAGGCCUGAAGUAAUGCACGAGGUGGGGAGUGAGAAGAAAAAGAGCGAAGCGUCGGAAAACGACAAGCCUUUUGUCUCGAUGAAUGGACUUGAGGGGUCGUGGAUCCCGUAUGGAGGCGAGCAUGCGAUUUGCCCUGGUCGGUUUCUGGCCAAGAGCGCGAUUCUUCUUGCGUGUGCUUUGAUGGUGGAGAAUUUUGACAUGGAGAUUUUAACUGGGGAUAUUGAAAUGAGCUAG